GCCGAGCCGGGCCGGAGAGAUGGGUGACCCAUAUGGAGGAAGCCGAAGGCUUGCAGGACCAAGUAAGGGUGGUUUGGGGAAGGAUGGAGAGAGGAUAGAAAGCCAGCUCCCUGCCCCCCACGGGCCUCCUAAACUUGGAAAUUCUACCAGUGACAAGAUGGAGGGCAGGAAGAAAGGACGGCCAAAGGUCGAGAACCAGGCACUGAGAGACAUUCCUCUGUCUUUGAUGAACCAAUGGAAGGAUGAAUUCAAAGCCCACUCUCGGGUGAAGUGUCCAAAUUCAGGAUGCUGGCUGGAAUUCCCAAGUAUUUAUGGACUCAAGUAUCAUUAUCAGCGUUGCCAGGGGGGUGCCAUCUCUGAGAAGCUGACAUACCCAUGCCCCUACUGUGAAGCUGCCUUCACCUCCAAGACUCAGCUAGAGAAGCACAGACUGUGGAAUCACAUGGACCAGCCUGUCCCAGCCAGCAGGCCUUUCCCCCUGCCUAAAGCUGCACCUCCUGGGAAGCCAGUACAGACCAACAAGCCAAUCCCAGUAACUAAGACAGUCCCGGUCAGCAAAACGAUCCCAGUCAGCAAACCGGUCCCAGUCAGCAAAUCGGUCCCCAUCACUAAGCCACUCCCAGUCAGCAAGCCGAUCCCGGUCACCAAGCCAGUUCCGGUCAGCAAGCCGGUUUCAGUCACCAAACCGGUUCCAGUCACCAAACCAGUUCCGGUCACUAAGCCGAUCCCGGUCACCAAAUCCGUCCCGGUCAGCAAACUGGUCCCAGUCAGCAAGCCGAUCCCAGUCAGCAAGCCGGUCCCAGUCAGCAAACCCGUCCCGGUCAGCAAACCUGUCCCGGUCAGCAAACCAGUCCCAGUCACCAAGGUGACCCCAGUCAGCAAACCUGUCCCAGUCACCAAGCCUGUCCCAGUCACCAAGCCAGUCCCAGUUACUAAGUUGGUCCCUGUGAGCAAAUCUGUCCUGCCUAGCAAGCCGGUGCCAGUAAACAAACCUAUCCUGCCCAGCAAGCCCUUCCCAUCCAGUAAGUCCAUCCAAAUCAACAAGCCCUUCCCACCCAGCAAACCUGUCCUUGUCAGCAAGCCUAUUCCAAUCAGCAAAUCAGCAUCACCCAGCAAAGUGUUGCCGUUGAACAAGCCAGAAAGCAGAGUGCAAAGAACUGUGGGAAGGAGCGGUGGUAAGAAGAGGGCUGCCGAGGGCUUGGACACCUGCCCCGUCCAUCCAAAACAGGCAAAGCUGGAGAAGGAAGGGGAUCUGCACCCGGAGAAUGGAGAGUGUGCCCUAGACACAUGUGAGAGUAAGGACUUCCAUAUGACUGCAGCGGAGGCCAUUGCUUCACCUGCUACCAAAGCUACAGGCAGCAAAGAGGUCACAGGCCCAGUAUCACCCCCAGAAGAGGACCCCGAGCGUUCCAAGCACAGAAGGAAACAAAAAACGCCUAAGAAGUUCACUGGGGAGCAGCCAUCGAUCUCAGGGACCUUUGGUCUUAAAGGCCUUGCCAAGGCAGAGGACAAGGCCAAAGCCCACCGUGCCAAGAAGUUGGAAGCCAGCAGCAGUGCUGAGGAGGGGAGGAAAAAGGUCUUGGCAGCUAAUGUGAAGAAAGAAGUGGUACCUAUAGCCACAGCUCACCUGAGCACAGGGAGCCCUGAAGAGCAGUGGCAAAGAAUCCUCCAUGAGAAGGGUGAGGUCGUCUGUCCCACCUGUGGAGUCAUCACCAGGAAAACCAUUGUAGGCCUCAAAAAGCACAUGGAUGUUUGUCAGAAGCUGCAGGAUGCGCUCAAGUGUCAGCACUGCAAGAAGCAGUUCAAGUCAAAGGCAGGGCUCAACUACCAUACCAUGGCGGAACACAGCAGCAAGCCCCAGCCCCUGACAGAUGUGGAGUCUUCAGAGUUGGAUGAACAAGAGGAACGGGAGCGUUUGAGGAAGGUUCUGAAGCAGAUGGGGAAACUCAAAUGUCCCAAUGAGGGCUGUGCAGCUGCCUUCUCCAGUCUCAUGGGGUAUCAGUACCACCAGAGACGCUGUGGGAAGCAACCAUGUGACCUGGACAGUCCUGUGUUCACCUGUCCUCACUGUGGUAAGACCUACAAAUCCAAGGCUGGCCAUGACUACCACCUCCGCUCAGAGCAUCCUACCCCGCCUCCUGAGGAGCCUGCGGGAAAACCUCCCGAGCAGGACGUUGAGAUGGACAUGGAACGGACACCAAGUGGACGGAUCCGCCGGACGUCUGCCCAGGUGGCAGUGUUCCACCUUCAGGAGAUUGCAGAGGAUGAGCUCGCUCGGGAUUGGACCAAACGGCGAAUGAAGGAUGACCUUGUGCCUGAAACCAAGAGGCUUAAUUACACUCGGCCAGGACUCCCAACACUGAAUCCCCAGCUGCUGGAGACAUGGAAGAAUGAAGUGAAGGAGAGAGGUCAUGUCAACUGCCCUAAUAAUUGCUGUGAAGCCAUCUAUUCUAGUGUGUCUGGGCUGAAAGCCCACCUGGCCAACUGUACCAAGGGAGACCACUUGGUGGGAAAGUAUCGGUGCCUCCUGUGUCAGAAGGAGUUCAGCUCUGAAAGCGGUGUUAAAUACCACAUCAUCAAGACACAUUCAGAGAACUGGUUCCGAACCUCAGCAGACUCCCCACCCAAACCCAAGAGUAGGGAGCAGCUCUCUGCCAAGGAGAAGAAGAAAAGCACAUCAAGUGGAAAGAAGCGAGGCCGAAAACCCAAGGAACGGCCCUCUGAGGGCCCCCCCACAAAGACUUCCCCCAAGCCCCAGGACGAUUGGCCCUUGGGUGGUCGAGACAAGGGGAACCGAGUGGUGCCCAGCCGGAAAUCGGGAGCCAGUAAGGUGCCUGAGAAGUGAGCAGAGGUUGGGGCUGGGGGAGAGGGUGGGGUCUGGGGAGGCCAGGCUGCUUCUCAGACUGACUGGGUACUGAGUUUACAGGCCAGGGAGAGGAGAAGGGAGGGGAGGAGGGAGCUGGCUCCGAUCUCCCAUCCCUCGUUCUUUGGCUUUCCUAUCCUUCUCCUUAUCUCCUGGCCAUUCCUUUGGAAGGAAGAAGAAAACCACUCCCAGGGACCUGUUCCUUAGCCUUGUUUAACUGAGAGAGGCUGUGGCAGCCCAUCUAAGGUUUUGUCAGUCCAUCCACAUGCAUAGUCAUGUCAUACACAUGCUUGCCUGGGUUACAGUGUACUCAGGUUGGGGAAGGGGGCCAGUUGGUGUGCACAGGUAAAUACACACACACACACACACACACACACACACACACACACACCUGGGUUGCAGUGUGCUCAGGUUUUGGAGGGGACCAGUUGGUGUUCAAAGGGAGAAGAAAGUGCAAUAGGGGUGGGGGUGGGGUGUCCUUAGGAGGUAGCAGCAAGAUUUUCUCUUACACUGUUGUACAUUGGGUAUAUGGGAGAUGGAGUGAGAGAGAUCCAUAUCUACCUGGUCUCUCAGAACCAAGACUUUGAAUGCUUGGAAAAUGUUUGAGAGUGAUCCUGGGUAGAGGCCCUAAGAAAACCUCCCUCCUCUUCCCACAUCCCCAGGGGUAAAUUGACUUUGGGGAUACCAGUAUUUGGAAAAGGAACUGAAAGGAAAGAACUUUGUUCUGAAUGGGCAGGGCUAUAUAGGGGAGGGAAAGGGAAUGCUGCCUGGGUUCUCAGCUCUCCCUGCUGGGAGGAGGGGACAGAUUUCAGUUUUAGUUGAAGAAUGAUAGGGUCUGGACUUUCCUGUACCUACUGGCCCUACGUUCACAUUCCUGAUUUCUCAGCUUCUGGAUAGGACAGGUGCUAGUCCUGUUCUCAGGAGAGCUCCCCCUUUGUGCCCUCAUGGCAUUAAUGUUUCUGUCAAGGGGUGCUUGCAGUUUCUUGGGAAGAGGCCUAGGACCCAGCCUAGGUUCGUGGCUUCUCUUCCUCUCAGCACUGUAAACCUGGACCCUCUUUAGCCACUUUCCUGGAUAGAUCCCUUAUAUCCUAGGCAGUGUCUUUGUAUCUUCUCAUCCUUUUUCCUAUCUUGUUUCUCCCUUCUGUGUCUGUCUACUCCCCUCCACCAGAGGGCAUAGUAGUGACACUAAGAAUUGAAGGGCUGACUAAUAUUGAGGUGGGGUGGAGGGGCAGAUAUGGGCACCCUUAAAAACACUUUCUGUCAUUCACUUCCCUUGGGAGCCGAUCUCUUAGAAGAUUUGCCCAUCUGUCAUUCUUUACUCUCUGAGUGUUGUCUUCUCUAGUCCCUUGGUGGAGCUAAGGGAAGAUUGCCAGAAGCUAGUGCUGGUACCCAGUAGUACAGGGCUCCAGAUCCCCUCUCUUGGAAGAAUGAGGUUCUGAAUGUGACAGUCUCACACAUGACUGGCGGUGAUAGUGAGAGGAGAACAUAGCCCAGUUGUGCAAGGCCCCCUUACUUUCUCUGCACUUGACCAUCACCAGUUUUCUCCAGUCAUAGUAUCAUAAAAUUUAGAGCUGUAAGGGAAGCUUUGAGAUCAUCUUGUCCAACUCCCUCAUUUCGACAGAUGAGAAGCCAACGCUCAGAGAGAUGAAGUGCGUUUGCCAGACUCCAAACCUGACUCCAUGUACACAGCUUUUUUCCACCCUCACUGCACCAUGGUGCCCAAGCUGGUUGCUGCCUCAGAGACUAGAAAGUAGAGUUAAUAAGUAAUGACAGAUCCAGGGAUGCUAAUGAUAGGAAAGGCCCACAGCUCUUCAUCUGCUCCCUCCUAUAGAAUGACCUCAAGGACAGGUUUCAGACACCCUAGGUUGGCAUCAGAUAGUAUGUGGCACUUCCUUUGUGGGUGGUGGAGGGUGUGUCCUCAAGAUGAGAGCGCCUAGCACUAGUGAGGUGGUUAAUGAAUUCUUAUUUCUUGAAAGCAAUGGGAGGUAGGCUUUCCUCCAGGAAUUGUUCCCAACAUAUCCUCCCCAGUAAGCACUUAGCAUCCACUGUAACCUUACCUUUGAGCAUUUUCUUAGCCCCCAGCCAUCUGGCUCAUCCCAGAAUCUCAUUUGGGGCCUUUUAUCUCCAGCUUUAAAUGGGGAAAAGAGCUAGGUAGAGAGCUGGAGGCAGCACGGGAAGAUUGAAUGUGGAUCUUUGCGAAAUUGGAAGGAGUUCUAAUCUCAUUGUGUUACAGCUUUAGAACUGGAAGGGACCUUAGAGGUUAUUUUGUCCACCCCCUCAUUUUACAUUGAAGAAACUGAGGCCCCACAAAGCUAAGGUCCCCAAAGUGGUAGAGCUGACCUUUAAACCAAGGUGCUCUGACUCCAGAUCCAGCACUUUUUCCAUUACACCACAUGCUUGUGAUGGAGACUGGUCAAGGCGAGGUGGGACCCACAAGGAAGUGGUAGGUGUGGACUAGCCAAUUUGUAGAAGUCAAGGUUGGCUUUUCCCCGUUUUCCUCCUAGGAGUCAUUGUGAGUCCAUAUAGGAAAGGUCACCUGAAAUGAGGAGCAGGCAGAAUGAAAAAGGGAAGUCAGGCUAGUAUACACACAGAAGUUUACACUGCCUUCCCAAACACAAAUUGUUUUUAGAUUAUUUGCUGUUAUGGAUUAUCUGUAUCACUACUCCCCUCCAUUAAUGCAGAUAAUAGACAUAAUUAUGACUCAAUUUAUCAUUGGGUCUUCCCUCUAACACCCUACCCCCUUCCUCCAACAAAAGAGAAGAAAGAUCCUUAAAGUUGAGGGAAGAUUUGAUGGAGCUAAAAACAUGAAGGGGCUGCUGUAAUUGGGCUGGUUGGGUAAGGGAUCUCUGCUCCCCCAGGUCCCUAAGGACCCAUUUGCAGGAGCUGCAGUCCAUGAUGUGAAUUUUUAUAUUUGCCCAAUGUGUGUCUCCUAGAUAUUGUGAGAAAGCCAGUUGUCUUCACAAGUAACAAAUGAUUUUAUAUCCUUUUUAUACUAUAAAUUGUCUAAUCUUUGACACUUUGGUGCUAAGGGUUUCCUGGUACUGACUGUACCUUGGGGGAGCCAGUGCUUCCCUGAGCCUCAGAAGUUGAGAAUUUGGAUCACAGUGGCAGGUCCAGGACCACUUUCCCCUACCCCCUCUAGCUACUGAAACUCAGCCAGGGGCCUGAGUAUCUAGUGACUCAGGCCAUGGCUGCCAUUUCUCCAACCCCCAAAAAGAGCCUUCAGGGCAGGGUCCACCCAGCACGGGUCCAUGGGGGAGGUGGACAUAGGGUAUUUUCCUGCCCACAGACCCUCAUAGGGAGGCUGGGCUCAGGGAUACACCUCACAAAGAUAAUUUCCCCUCUGAGCCUUCUUAUUCUUUAAUUGACCCAGUUGCCUCUGAGUAGUAUGUGACCAAGACUGAGGUUGAUGCUGUCCUCUGGGGGCAGGGAUAAAAGGAGAGUAGGGAAUCUAGGGUUGGGAGACUGUCAUUGUUCUCCAUGUCCUAGGCUAGGGUUUUAAGGCCAGGUGCAUUGGAGGGGCUGACCCUAUAUGGUGGUGGUCUUAGAGGGGUUAGGCUUUACUUUGGAAUGAGAGGGGAGACAUUGGUCUCUUCCAUCAGGAGGUCCCCAGUAGGAGGGAAAACACAGGAAAUUGAUUUAAAGAUACAAACAAGAGGAAAUUGAUAAUUAAAAGAUAGAAAAGCCAAGUGCUGAGGGGAUGCAGAGAAAAUAGGGGGUGGGGAGGUGAAGGGGAACAACCUAGCACUGAGCUCUUUGAGGUAUCAGAAGGGAUCACUUUGCUUAGAUGAUCAAGUCUGAAAGAAGGCUAGUGGUAGAGUAGAGAUGGUAUAUGCUAUAUAUUCCAUGCACACAUCAUUUCUUCUACUCUCAGGUUGUCUUCUCUCACCCUUUAGCUAAUUCCUCCCAAUCCUGGGGCUCCUGGGAAUAGAAGUUUAUUGGUGUCAGAGGUGUAUGUGGAGAAGGUAGCAGAGGUAGUUGCCAUGUAUGGGAAAGAGUAGGUCUCUGUCCUCAAUCGUGCAGCUUAUAUUCUUUUGGGAGACUAUGGGUCACUGCUCCUCACCAAGGAAUCCCUGGGGUGGAGGGUUGAACUCCAGAGCAAGAUGGGUCCCUAUUAACUUGGAUUUUAGCACUUUACUCCCCCCCUGGGUAAAUUGGGUGUGUGGGUUUCACUGGCUUUGGUGAGGAUGGACAGGUCUGGGUCACACCUGGAAUAGCUUCAGGCUGGUGAGGGCUUGAGUGCUGCAGCCACUGCCCUCCACCUAUCCACCCCGCAACAUGUGAUUUUCCCCUGCUUCCCCUACCCCCCCAAGAAGGGGAGCGCCGGCACCCGGCACCGAAUUCCGGACUCAUGAUGUCCCUAUCCCCAAAACACACACUCACACACAGCCUCGCUGCCGCUGACAUAUUCAAGGCCACCUCCAGAUCUACCUCUGACCUCGCUGGGGCACCCAAAUCCAGCCCUCAGUGGUAGGGGGAUGGGUGUGUGUGUAUGUAGAGAGGAGGGCCAGCGCUUGCACAGGAAAAGGGAGAUCGGGGGGGGGGGCAGAGUUUGGGUAAGAUAGGAGGGGUGGGCAAAAUUUCAAGGUAAAAAAGAAAAGGAUGCACUUUAUUUGCACGUGCAGAGGCGAUGGAGUUGGGGCAGUACAUUUGCCUCAGCCUUCCCAAGAGGGCUCUGAAAUCUGCCCUUUCACAGAUUCCUCUCCCUCCCCAAAUAGCCUCUGACCCUUGCCCCUGGAGUCAUUUUGGGACUGGGAGGGCUGGACUUAGAAGAGGUCUUGCUUUCCCCUGUCUUCCCACCGCACCACCGCCGAUUCAGAUUCACCAGUUGGAGCGGGUCCGGAGGGAACCCCUGGACUUGCUCGCCUGUCCGAGCCCAUCAGAGCGUCCUCUCCCUUUGGGCUUCGUUUGGUUUUUAUGCCCGUUCUUAGACAUAAGUGCAUUUUGGAAAAAAAAAGUUUCAAUUUAUCCCUUGUAACCACAUAUAUACAUAUAUAUUAUAUCUACAAAGUGUUUAUUUGCGAGAGGCGUUUUAACGGCGACCUACCCGAGGCUGAGCCCCCCCCCCCCCAAGCGUAAUGAUCGGUGCCCUCCUUAAUCACCGGCGAGCACGGGGCGAAAGUUGGUAAGGCCCCCCAGCCGGAGGGUACAUGCUGUAAAGCCCGGGGCCAGCGAGGACCGGGCUAGAAGUUGAUUCCUGUAUGUACGAAAACGACCGUAUCAGAUAAAUGUUUAUUGAUUCUUUUUCA